AUGAGUGAUAGUGCGAGUGUAACGGCGUCGUCUUUAGCGAUUACGGAGAAUAAACCUCGAAGAACUGGUGGAUGUGUCGGUAUCUUCUUUCAACUCUUCGAUUGGAACAGAAGGUUCGCUAAGAAGAAACUUUUCUCCAAGAGAUUACUUCCUCCAGAUCGUGCAAAAGAAGCUUCAAAAAAGUUCGGAGGUGAUGAGAAGCUGCCGAAACUAAGACUGAUUGCUGAUGAAAACAGUGGGGGAUUCCCAAACAUGAACAAAAAUGGCGUUUCAACUUGUAACAAUGGAGUUCAAACUCCUAGUUUAGUCGCUAGGCUUAUGGGGUUGGAGUCUAUGCCAUCAUCUGUAAAUCGCGACAAGCUUCACAAUCACAAAGCUAUAUGCAACAAAGAAGAAUCCGAAAAGGAAACCACAAGACAAGAUUUUAGGCCUCAAAAGCUUCAAAAAACAAUGGCGGAUAGAAGAUGUGUAACUAGAUUUGGAGCAGAAGCAUUACAACUCAAAAACGUUCUAUCUCGAUCAAAAAAACAUCAUCGUCAUCAUCCAAAACUUGCUUCCCCUGUAAAAACCACAACACAUCAUUCAAGAAAGAACACAUCAAGGUUAAUUGGUGCUGCUUCUAGGAUUCUAGAAACUAGAAACAAGUCUAAAUUUGCUAUCACUUAUCCUCAUAGUGUAAGAACAGAGCGUAUGAAAUUAAAAAGUGAAAAUCUUGAAGCAUCCUGCAAAAACUGUGAUGCAGUUAGUGAUAAUACCAAAGAUUUUGUUGCAUUGAAUAGGAGUUUAAGUGGUCAAACUCGGUCAAGGGCACCAAAUAAAGUUGAGGAUACAAAGAGGAAUAAUAUCGUAUCUCGAGGGCAGAAAAGACAUUUAACACAAGGUUAUGGUGUAAUGGGUUCUUCAAAUAACAAGCCAAGAAGGGUCAUGAGUGCUUCAUGUAAUGGAAAACAGAUGAAGCAUGAACAUCAGGGGCAAAAUGGGAAUGGAAUGAUGUUUAAAUUUAGUUCACCAAUGAAGAACACGUGUGAAAAAGUAGAGAAAAGAAGGAAUCAAAAUCAAAAUGUUUCAUAUUGUAAAUUACGCAAAAGGCCUACAUCAAAUCAGAUUGACAAAUUCCCAUUGACUGGAGAUUCUUUGGGUGCUCUUCUUGAAGCAAAAUUGAAUGAGUUGACUAGUCAAACUUCAACAAAAAGAACACCUGCUCAUAUUUUUCAAGAGCUUUUAUGUGCUUUAAAUAAAGAAAACCCACUUCCUCAAAAUGAUGUAUUCUGUUUACAGACAAAUUCAGAAAAAUCUGGAUACAAAAACAGCAAUCAUCUUAGCCCAGGAUCAGUUCUUGAAGCCUCUUUUUCAAAUGACAGCUGUUGUUCCAGUAGUUUGGAAGAUAGCUCAGGAAGAAUGCAACACACAGAUUCCACGAGUUACUCAUACGAUGAAUCGCAUUUUCAAAAGUUUCAAAACAGCGAAUUGGUGGACACAAUUGCAGAGAUAAUGUGGACAAAAUUCGGCAACUUUUUUGGAUAUGGAAACGCAAAAACAAGAUAUCAAGUGAAGCGAUUUGUGUUUGAUUGUUUAAUUGAAUAUUUGGAUUCGAAUUGUGGAGUAAUGGGGUCGAAGGUUUUGAUUGAUGAAGUAAUGGAAGAGGUGAUGAGGUGGAUGGAUUUUAUUGGUUUGAAUGCGGAUGAGGUGGCGGAAAGGGAUAUGAGUUAUUGUUUGGUGAAAUUGAUGGAUUUUGAGAUUGAAUGUCGUGAGAUUGGUGGUAGAAUUGAAGGGGAUUUAGUUAAUAUGUUGGUUGAUGAAAUUGUGUAUGAUUUUGCAACGAUUUAGUUAAUUAAUGGAGAUGGUUUUGUAUAAAUUGAAAUAUUGAGUGGUAAAUUUUCAAGGGAUUGUUUUAUGUGCGUCUUUUGAUUUGUUUUUGGUGGUAGUGAUUUUGUGAAAGGGGUUGAGUUUUUAGGGUUUAUGGUUUAUGUGCAAUGUGU